AUGGUUCGUCUAGGUCCAAAGAAACCUCCUGCCAGAAAAGGCUCCAUGGCCGACGUGUCGUCCAGUCUGCUAGAACAGAUCGAACGUUUCGAAGAGAUUUUCACCGUCAAGGCUGACAAAUUGAAGGAAGUCACCGAACACUUUGUCGGAGAACUCAACAAGGGUCUCUCCAAAAAGGGAGGAAACAUUCCUAUGAUCCCAGGUUGGGUCAUGGAUUUCCCAACCGGUAAGGAACAGGGUGACUAUUUGGCCAUCGAUCUCGGUGGCACCAACCUGCGUGUGGUGCUUGUCAAAUUGGGCGGAAACCGCGAUUUCGACACCACCCAGUCCAAGUUCAAAUUGCCAGACCACAUGCGUACCGGAUCCUCCGACGCCCUUUUCUCUUUCAUCGCAGACAGUCUACAGACGUUUUUGGUCGAAGAGUUCCCCAACGGUGUUUCCCAGGCUUUGCCCCUAGGCUUCACAUUUUCAUACCCAGCGUCCCAGGACCGCAUCAACGAAGGGUUCCUACAGAGAUGGACCAAGGGUUUCGACAUUGAAGGUGUCGAGGGCAAAGAUGUGGUGCCCAUGUUGCAAGAACAACUCAAAAAACGUAAUAUCCCCAUCGACGUUGUGGCCCUUAUCAAUGACACCACCGGUACUCUAGUGGCCUCCAUGUACACCGACUCCGAGACCCGUAUGGGAUGUAUCUUUGGUACCGGUGUCAACGGUGCUUACUUUGACGUUUGUGGCGGAAUCGAAAAACUGCAAGGCCGUUUGGGCCCAGACCUCGACGCAGAAACGCCCAUGGCCAUCAACUGCGAGUACGGCUCCUUCGACAACGAACUUGUCACGCUUCCAAGAACCAAGUACGACAUCUUGAUCGACAAGCAAUCGCCAAGACCAGGCCAGCAGAGUUUCGAGAAAAUGACCUCUGGUUACUACUUGGGUGAGCUAUUGCGUUUGGCUUUGAUCGAUUUGGCUUCUCAGGGCCUCAUCUUCGAAGGCCAAGACCUAUCCAAGCUCGAAAAGCCUUACGUCAUGGACACUUCGUACCCAGCCAGAGUCGAGGAAGACCCCUUCGAGAAUCUCGAAGACACCUUCGACAUUUUCAAAAACGAAUUGGGCAUCGAAACCACAUCUGGCGAGCGUAAGUUGAUCAGACGUCUAUGUGAAUUGAUCGGUACUAGAGCCUCCAGAAUGUCGGUGUGUGGUAUCGCAGCCGUUUGCAAGAAGAGAGGCUACAAGACCGCGCACGUCGCUGCCGACGGCUCCGUCUUCAACAUGUACCCAGGCUUCAACGAAAGAGCCGGUGCUGGGUUGAGAGACAUUUUCGACUGGGAGGAAAAGAAGAACGUAAGCGAAUACCCAAUCGUGAUUGUUGCAGCCGAGGAUGGUUCCGGUGCUGGUGCCGCCAUCAUUGCCGCGUUGACGCAGAAGAGACUUGCUGCCGGCAAGUCCGUUGGUGUGGUCAACUAA